UCUAUCUGCUAUGCAGAAAGAUCAUUGCCCAAAAUGUUGCCUAUUGUGUUUGUUUUCCUUUAAGGCAGUGUGAGAAGGCAAUAGACCAACAUAGAAAGCUGUUUCGUAGCAUGUAAGAUCGCACGUCAUUCUGUAUUAAUACUUUUACUGUGCUAACAGCAUGCCAACAAAGUAUCAACUGUAUGAGAAGUAAUGGAACGUGUCAGUACACUGGCAAGAAGUGCAAAGGAAUGUACAUCAGCAAGAAGUGCCCUGGAAAAAAACACUGCCAGUGCUGCGCCCCAUGCCAACAAAGUAUCAACUGUACGAAAAGUCACGGAACGUGUCAGUACACUGGUGAGGAGUGCAGAGGCACAUACGUCGAGAAGAAAUGCCCUGGCCCAGGUCACUGUCAGUGCUGCAUCCGGUGCAAACAGUAUAGUAAACAGUGCUCCAGCCUUGGUGGGAAGUGUCAGUACGCUGGCGACACAUGCGAUGGUGGAUACGUCAAGGGUAAAUGCCCUGGAGGAGACAACUGUCAGUGCUGCGCCCCAUGCCAACAAAGUAUCAACUGUACGAAAAGUAACGGAACGUGUCAGUACAGUGGUGAGGAGUGCAGAGGCACAUACGUCGAUAAGAAGUGCCCUGGCCCGGGUCACUGUCAGUGCUGCAUCCCAUGCCAAGAGUAUAGUGAAAAGUGUUCCAGUGUUGGUGGAAAGUGUCAGUACAUUGGUGACAAAUGCGAUGGCAUAUAUGUCAAAAGAUUAUGCAGUGGACGAGACAACUGUCAAUGCUGCGUCCCAAAAUGGAAGCCCUUCUGUCAUGGCCACGUGGUGAAUGUCGUGAGAGGCUGCGAGGGUAAAUUUGGGUGUGGACACUACAGGUCCCCUCGUCCACAUGGCAAGCACAUGGGAGUGGAUAUAAUUUGCCUUGAUGGACGCAGAGUGAAUGCACCAUUCAAAGGGGAACUGAAGGGUUUGGCCAGGGCCUACAAGAAAAACAAUGCCAUCAAUGACGGAGUGAAACUUUCCAAUGCUGCGUUCUGCAUUAAAAUUGUAUACAUCCAUGCUGACCGCUAUACCGGCACCGUUGACAUUGGCCAGCCGAUUGGGUAUCUGCUGAACGUGCAGAGGGUUUACCCUGGAAUCACCUCCCAUAUCCACAUCGAGAUGUGUGAUAAAUCCAAGGAUCCAACAUUUUACUUAAACUAACAAAGGCAUGAAUUGCUGAAGACGGGGUUGUUUAAGUAUCAUUCCAGAACUGGUUUUAGGUUUUGAUAUGGUUGCUAUUAAUCACAUGCAAAUAAUCACAAAUGUUGUGCAAUUAAACAUGAGCGAUAUUACAGGAUUUUCUCAGUUUACAUAACUACAUCUAUUUUCCAGAAACACUGGACCACACAACCACUAAACUGCACUCUUAAUUUGCACAGAAUUAUCUCACGUGAAAGGCCAAUAUGUGAAAGGAAAUCUGAUAGCUAUAAUUGCUUAAAUUUCAUUAUGGGAAUUUGAUAAGAAUAUACACAAGGUGUAUACAUAUCGUAAUUAUUUUACACAGCACUCUGAAUGCCAAAACCUUUUGUGGGAUUCUAAUUGGGAUGUUUCGUACAAUUAUUUAGACCAUUGGAGUAAACGAAGACCCAAGGAACCCCCAUGUAAAGUAAAUCAGAUCCGGUAUGAUGCAUAAACCCGUAAUUUCAUGAAGUGUUCAUGCAUAUAAUAGAACUGGAUUAAUGGUAUUUUGAUUAUAAUGGCUUGCUGGUGCCAAUGCAGCAUUUUUGCUGUUUGCUAUGCUCAUAACUUGUCGAUGUGAUUGCAAAUGCUGUAGUCUCUUGUGAUCAUAUUGUGCUGUAGAAAAUAAAGGUCGUUUCUGGGAUAGGCUCAUU